AUGUCGUCUACUACCUAUGGUCAGUUGGAAAACUACACGAUCCAUCCAACUGCUGAGUUUCCUCCGCCUCCUCGCGCGUCUCUGGAGAGCGUGGAGUGGGCUGCUCCUGCUGUAGAUGCUCUCGUGUUCCUCCUCCUGUCUUUGGACUCGCCCUCCCCAUUCAGCGUGAGCGCGCGGUGGAUCCACUCACACGUAGCGGACUACACACGGCUGAGCGGGCACCGGGAGGAGAACAGCGCCACUCGGAACGGGACCGUGCGCAGGACUUGCUCUAAACACGUUGUGUCGGAUCUCCGCUACUGGAUGCGCGUGACCAGCAUGGCAUCUUUUGUCAACUCCACCUGUCUCUUGUGCUUGCCUGUUGCACUUCUUUUGAUGCUGCGGCCUUGGCCUGUAGCAGCCGCCUCCGCCCGCAGGUGUCACUCCAUCUAUAAGGGCUUUGCUCAGUGUCUCAUGGCUCUGGGAGACAGUCUGACAGACAGCGCUCGCAAGGACGAAGACACACACGAGAUACACUCCAUCUGCAGGUCCUGGGAUGAGUUUCACGACUGUGCUAAUGUGGCUAUGGCGGGCUGUCCUGACGAGGCAGCAGCAGUUUGGGAGUCUCUACGUCAGGAGUCCAAGAAGAUGCAGUUCUCUGGAAACCUGUAUGAGAUGUGCUCCAGACGCACCAGCCACUCCUCAGCCUCGAGCUCUGCCUCCUCAAAUAACCAGGAGAAGAUCAACCAGGAGUCCCUACGAGCCAGUUCCCCCCAGCCCACAGCAGCCCCCCUCCUCCUCUUCCUGCCCUCAGUUCUGCUGCCUCUCCUCUGGAUAUAAGCAGCACUCACCAAAGGACCUCACUCAAACAUAAACUGUAUUUUGUCUCCCAUCUCUGGACUUUCCACUGGUGUCCUCUUCUCGGUCAGGGUUGAGGAUUUACAACUGCAUGUUAAAAGCCUGGAGGUCUUUUUGAUAAUUUAUCUUUAAAGGGGUAUUUCAUGCAUAUUCACUGCCUUUCAGUUUAGUAAUCCUUUAGAGAAAGUCUAAACAUUAUCAUCGUA